UAUAAUGGGAAAUAGUCGCAAUAGAAGUAGAAAAAGGGUGAAAAUUACCCCUAGAAAACCAGCUAAGAAAUUCAAAUAUGGCGAUGAUCAUGUUGAAAACACUUGUCCUUCUGGCGUCGAAAUUGGGGAUCAAAGUGCAGAUUAUGGAGUUGAGCGUGAUCAUAUAGACUCGAUAAAAGAAGGCACAAUAUUUAUCGAUUUGUCUGUGUUGUUUGGCGUUUUUGAAGACGUUUUGAAAUGCCCAGAAUGCGGAGAUGAUACAACAGCUCACAUUGAUUUAAACAAAAAACAUGGAUUUUCCCAGUAUGUUGUUUUGGACUGUCGAGAUCCGAGAUGUGAUUGGAAGCAUUGCUUUCAUACGUCUAAAAAACAUGGGCGCUCGUUUGAAAUCAACGUCCGAUCUGUGCUAGCGUUUCGAGAAAUCGGAAAAGGGCACAAUGCCAUGCAAACAUUUGCCAAGGUAAUGAAUAUGCCUCCUCCACCCACUCGAAAGAACUUCACGAAGAUUCAGAACAAACAACUUUUCCCAAUAAUCGAACAACUGGCAAACGAUAGCAUGACAACAAAUGCAUUUAAAGUGAAAGAAGCAUGUGGAAAUGAUGAAGGAGAAUGUGGAAUAUCCCUGGAUGGAACAUGGCAGAAAAGAGGUCAUGCGUCACACAAUGGUGUGGUUACUGCUAUUUCUCUAUCCACAAAGAAAUGUGUUGAUGUGGAAGUUCUUUCAGAUAAAUGUAAAGAGUUCAAAAAAUGGAAAAAGAAACAAAGUGAUCCAAGGUAUGAAGUGUGGAAAGCCAACCACCUCUGCAAAAUUAAUCACUCUGGUAGUUCCAACAGUAUGGAAACAGUUGGAGCAGUUAGAAUUUUUGAAAGAUCAGUGGCGACACGAGGACUAAAAUAUAUUCACAUGCUUGGUGAUGGUGAUUCCUCUACUUAUAACAAUAUUGUUGAUAGGAAACCCUAUGGAGAUGAGCUAAUACCAAAUAAAUUAGAGUGUAUUGGUCAUGUCCAGAAACGAGUUGGGAGCAGGUUGCGGAGGUUGAAGAAUGCUAAUAAAGGUGUAAAACUUCAGGAUGGAAAAGGUUUAGCUGGUAAAGGAAGAUUGACAGAUGGAAAAAUAGACAUUUUACAAAACUACUAUGGUCUGGCAGUAAGAAACAAUCUCAAUGAUGUUGAAAAAAUGGCUAGGGAUAUAAAGGCUUCUUUGUAUCAUGUUGCAUCCACAGACGCCAACCCACAACAUCAGCUUUGUCCGGAUGGAGAAAACAGUUGGUGUCAGUAUAAGGUCAGCCCAGAAACAUACAAACAUAAGAAUGGUUUAGCUAAAUGUAUUGUUGAACUAAUUGAACCAGUUUUUGACAGUUUAUGUGACCAAAGGCUAUUGGAGAAAUGCAUGCAUGGUUUAACACAAAAUGUUAAUGAAUGUUUAAAUGGGUUGAUUUGGGAGAGAUGUCCUAAGUCAACUUAUGCAGAGAAAGAAACUGUUGCACUUGCCACAUAUUUAGCAGUGCUAAAGUUCAAUGAUGGAGAUAUUUUCUUUAUAAAGAUCUUUGAAGAUUUGAAUAUAACACCAGGAAAAUUUUCUUUGGAAGCAACCAAAGUGUCGUCAUCAAUAGAAACAAAUGUUCCACAAAACAGAAAACAGAAACAGUAA